AUGGCAGCAGACAGCAGCCUGGCUCCUGAAGAAAAGCCGAGCACUGCUCCUGUGAAAAGGGCUGUCCACAAGAUCCGAAUGGCCAGCCAGGUCUUCAGCUUGGCGCGAGGUUGGCAGCAGUGGGCAUCUGACCACCACAUAAAGCAAGAGCAAGAGCCCUCUGGAUGGGCCCCCACUGCAGAAGACUCAUUAGCUCAGCCUGUACAAGAAAGUUCCUUCAAAAAAUGGCAAAUUCCAUCUGUCAAGAGGGACCAAGGAAAAGAUGAUGAAAAAUCCUCAGUGACAGUAAGAGAUGCUGAAAAAAAGGCAAGGGAAUCAGAUGAAGCCCUCAAAAUGUUCAACAUUAAAAGCAAAGAGGUGACCAAAACCGUUGUCAGCAAAGCCUAUGAACGAGGAGGUGACGUCAGCCUCCUCAGUGAAAGAUAUGAGAAUAACAACAGCAGCUCAGAAAUGACCAAGCUCAGAGAAGAAUCAAGUGCUAUUGACAAAAUUCUUAGUGGCAAAUUAUCUCCAACCAUAAGGAGAAAGUGUUCAACUAUGGUAUCAGACCUGACCAAGGGCUGGGAGCAUAUGGAACAAGAGGACGAAGAGGGAUCUAAGAAAGAUCUGCUACUUAAGUGUCGUGAUGACAGCCUGGAUGCCCAGGACAGUGGCUAUGGGGAGGCAGAGGACAAACCCGAGCAGGAAGACAGUGACCGAGAGGUGACGGCUGUGAAGAUUAAACGUCCUGUACCAUCUCUUGCAAGCAGGCUGAGCGAAGAGGCCCGUGCCAACUCCCGCAGGAAACACAGCGCCGUUCACAGCCUGAAGGACAAGUGGCAGGAAUGGGCCGACCAGCACAUCAUGACGCAGAAGCUGAACCCUUUCAGCGAGGAAUUUGAUCACGAGCUGGCCAUGUCCACGCGCCUGCACAAAGGAGAUGAAGGAUACGGCCAUCCAAAGGAAGGAACCAAAACUGCUGAAAGAGCCAAGAGAGCUGAGGCCCAUAUCCAUCGGGAGAUCAGGGACAUGUGCUUCAUCAUCGAAUCAAUGGCUAGGCCACGGCCUGACGGCAAGAUCCAAGUUACUUUUGGGGAACUCUUUGAGAGAUAUGUUCGCAUUUCAGAUAAGGUUGUUGGGAUUCUGAUGAGAGCCAGGAAACAUGGGCUGGUGGACUUUGAGGGAGAAAUGUUAUGGCAAGGAAGGGAUGAUAAUGUCAUAAUUACUUUAUUAAAAUAA